AUGUUACCAUGGCAAGGACGUUAUAUAUUAUUUAUUGAUACAUUAUAUGACAAAACAGGAGUUGUUAAUAUGAUUGAAACAUUAGGGCUUAAACUAAAAAUUGUAAAUUCAGUUGAAGAAGCAGCUAUUAUCACAGCAUCUGGAAAAUCAUAUGCACCUUUGUUUGAUACAGUAAUAGUUGAUGAUUUAACUAUAGUUGAAAGGUUACGAAAAAUUACAUAUCUCAGAUAUACUCCAAUUGUAUUAUUAGCACAUACAAUACCAGAACUAAAUAUGAAGAGUUGUAUAGAUUUUGGCAUUACUUCAUAUAGUAGUACACCAUCAACUUUGCCUGAUUUGAUGAAUGCUUUAUUGCCUUCACUUGAAUAUAACUCUUUAAUACCAAUUGAUUUAAAUCAAAAAUUAGCAGUAAAAUUUUUAGAGAAAUUUGGUCAUAAAACAGAAGUAGUUGCUAAUGGGCAAUUGGCUGUUGAAGCCUUUAAAUCUAAAAGAUAUGAUUUGAUCUUAAUGGAUGUUCAGAUGCCUAUAAUGGGUGGUUUUGAGGCAACACAAAAAAUUCGUGAUUAUGAAUCUCAACAUGGUGUCUUGUCACAUGAUUAUAGAGAUAUGAUCGAAUUUUCUAAAGAGAGUGCUCAGGUUGAAAUAACAUCGAUAACAAUACAUUGGAAUAAAUCCCAGAAAUAA